AUGCACGAGAGGGACCUUGCCUCCCUGCAGAAUAUAUAUAUUGCACCUACCGAGUCCAGAGACGUUGCAAUUAACAAUCGAGAGUGGCCACUCGUGGAAGCAACAACGAACGUAGUCACUCCGUCAAGCCGUCCGCUCUCUGUCCACGUGCCAACGGAGAUGGAAUGUGCCGACCAUUCCAUGGCGGAGGAGCCCAUGAGUCCUACCGGAAGAGGUAUGGAAGAGAUGGGUAUCUGCAUCGUCCUCGUGAUGGGGCUCGGCACGCCGGUGAACCUGCCUGUCUUCCGUGCCGGCAUCGAAACAGAACUAGUUACUCGUCUGCCACGCUUCCGCUGUAUUCCAGUAAUGGACGAGUCCGCCAAGGAUGGCAAUCCGCGAUGGGUGCAAACGGCUGUAAAUGUGGACGACCACAUCGUCAUCCCAAGACUGGAUGCUGCUGCCGUGGCAUCCGAUCCGGAAAAGGCCGUGGAGGACUACGUGGCAUCGCUGUCCCUGCUCCCGAUGGACAUGUGUCGUCCUUUCUGGGAGUUCCACUUCCUCGACUUCCCAACCUCCGAGGCGGCCUCCACGGUGGUGCUCCGUCUGCACCACUCCAUUGGCGACGGCACGUCCAUCACGACGCUCCUUGUGGCAGCGUCGCGCAGCAUGGUCAAUCCAGCAAGGCUGCCAGCUAUGCCGCCACCACCCAAGCGCACGGGCGCGAUCUACCAGCUGCCGCCACGGCCUCCGCUGUCUUCGGGUGAUUACCUUGCGCUGUUCGCGUGGGUUUGGUCAUGUUUUGUGCUGGCUUGGCACACACUCGUGGACAUGACGUUGAUUGUUGCAACAAUCCUGUUCUUGAGUGACCCACCCACGCUCUUCACCCGUCCGCGGGAUGGUGGCGAGUCUCGUCGCCGCAAGCGUUUCGUGCAUCGUACCCUUAGCUUUGACGACGUCAAGCUCAUCAAUACUGCCAUGAAUUGCACUAUAAACGAUGUGCUAGUUGGUGUGACUUCGGCGGCUCUUUCACAAUAUUACUUUAGAAAGUCUGGUGAGAGUAAUACUAAGAGAAUUGGUUUGCGGUCAUGUGUCCUUGUCGACGCAAGGCCGGUGUCUACCAGACAAACAUAUGUUACCAGGGUAGAGACAGGAAAUCAACUUACCGGCCUCAUCUGCCCGUUUAAUAUAACCUUGAAAGAUGAUCCCCUUGAGUAUGUUCACGAGGCAAAAAGGUUCAUGAAUAGGAAAAAGAAGUCUUUAGCAGUGAUGCUCACACGAGUGAUUGGUGAAUUCUUAGUCAAAAACUUUGGUCUGAAGACAGGAAGAUUUAUCUUUCACCGCUUUUUAACACGUACAACCAUAAUAUUUUCGAAUGCAAUUGGGCCAGCUGAACAUAUGACGUUAUGUGGGCACCCAGUUGCCUUCAUGGCACCUAGCAUCUAUGGCCAACCACAAGCUUUGACUGUGCACUACCAUAAUUAUGGUAGUGAUAUCAAGGUAGUUCUCGCAGUUGAUGACGAACAAUUUCAAGAUUGUCAUCAACUUUUGGGUGAUUUUGUUGAGUCCAUCAGGAUUAUGAAGAAUGCGGCAGCCCUGAAGAUGUUGACAACUUCGAACCAUAACGGUGUGACUGAGUAAUAGAUAAUUGGAUAGGUGGAC